AUGAGGCGGGCCGCGGAGGAACCUCUCAGCGCGAUGACGAAGAAAAUCGUCGUUGAUAACCGAUUUUCUCUCCGGCAGUACUAUCGGAUUGCCGAUAAUCUCCUCAGACAGGCAAACAUAUACAGGGAGGAAAAAGAUAUCGUCAAGUUGUAUAUAACACUUUUCAGAUAUGUAAGUUUGUUUUCUGAAACAAUACCGUAUCACCGAGAUUAUCAGGCUAUGGUGAAUCCAAAAGAAAGAGCGUCUUUCAAAAAGAAAUUGUUGACUGUGCUAGAUGAGCUGGAGUCGUUAAAACCUCGAGCUGAGCAGCAAUGGGAGGCCAUCAGAAGGGGUGAAACAACCGAUGAAGCAUGUGUGUAUGAUGGGGACAGAAAAACCCCAUAUAUGUCAACGUCAUUGGUAGAGAAUCCAGCUGCAAAUCAUGGGCUAUCAUUAGGAUACACCAGUCAGAGGUUGCCACAAGCUUCUACUGGUAUUCAGCCUUCUAGGAACCCGUAUGAAUACAAUAGUGUUACGCCAUCAAACUCCAUUGACAUGCAGUUCCAAAAGAUGGCUCUGAAUUUACCUCUUCCAAAACAAGAAACGCUGUCAAGACACUCCUUGUUAGGACCCAAUGGUCUUCGUGGUCAGUGGCUAGGACCGACAUCUGAGAUGAAGGUGAACUAUCCCACUAAUCCCGAAUCAGUUUCAAAUGAGAUAUCUAGCUUCAACCCGGGGUCUACAUCACAACAUAACAACCUAGAGUUGGAAAAUUCUGCAAUGGCAUCAGUACUCUCUUUAGACGAUGGAAGAUGGCCAUCUAUUGAUCAGGAUUUAGCUUGUCGAUUGGACGAUGAUGUCAGAGAUGAUUUCUCUCUUAUUAAACAACCGUCUCCCCCUCCCGUUCUUGCUCAAGUGCAACCUGAGUAUCUUCCAUUAUCUCCUUCAAAGGUUGCAGAUCCAAGACCCGGCCCUGGAAAAUCCUUUCCAGAUUCAACAGCUAGUCCUAGCUCCUAUCAGAAUCUGCAUAUUCCAGUGAAGAUGAUGGCUGAUUUUUUAAAAUUGGCUAAAAAAAAUACGGAUAGGAAUCUGGAAACAUGUGCUGUUCUUGCAGGUUCUCUGAAAAACAGGGCGUUCUACAUAACAACACUUAUUGUCCCAAAGCAAGAGUCGACUUCAGAUUCAUGUCAGACAUUGAAUGAAGAGGAGAUAUUUGAAUACCAAGACAAAAAUUCUCUUUUCCCUCUUGGGUGGAUUCAUACACAUCCUACCCAAACUUGCUUUAUGUCAUCGGUUGAUCUUCACACACAUUAUUCCUAUCAGGUUAUGCUACCAGAAGCCAUUGCCAUUGUUAUGGCUCCCACGGACACAUCUAGUCCUCAUGGCAUCUUUCAUUUGUCUGAUCCCAGUGGUGUCUCUGUCAUACGCAACUGUCAGCAACGUGGUUUCCAUCCACACGAAGAGCCUGAAGAUGGGAGCCCCAUAUAUGAGCACUGCUCUCAUGUUUACAUGAACUCUAAUCUGAAGUUCGAAGUGGUGGAUCUUCGGUGA